AUGGCAAUGCUCAGCGCUAAGAAACUCAUCAAGAUGGCCAGGAGAUGGCAGAAGUUUGCGGCCAAGCAGAGGAAGAGGGCAGACAGUUGCAAUACAUCCUCAUCCUCUAUAGUUGAAAAAGGGCAUUUUGUAAGCUAUACAAUUGAUCAAAGGCGCUAUGCAUUUCCCUUGACUUACCUUGAAAAUGAGGUCGUUAGACAACUUUUGAACAUGUUUGAAGAAGAGUUUGGACUGCCGAGUGGUGGCCCUAUAACAGUACCUUGUGAUUCAGCCUUCAUGGACUACAUCGUUUCACUAAUCAAGAAAGGUGUAGCUGCCAGAGAUCUUCAAAAAGCGUUGCUCCUAUCAAUUCCUUCAUGUUGCUGUUCAACUUCUUCUUUGCACCUAGAAAGUGGAAAUCAACAGAUUCUUGUUUAUUGA